AUGUUGGCGCAGAAGUACGAACCACUCCGCCAAUCCUCUCCAGAACUUUCGAAGGAGAGCAAUGAAGAUGCGAAAUGCCAUUAUUGCUACGAACGAAAGCAGGAAGCUAGACGGUCUUUUCGGACCGUGUCAAUACUUACCGCACUCCUUGUCCUUUCAAUCGCAUGCAACGCCAUUCUUUUCGCAAGGAUACAGGACGUGGAAGAGCACGGUCACGACCCAACUUUUGUCGGCCUCGAAAGGAAUCUCAACCUAGAAAUCCCUCACGAUGACCGAGCAAUAGACGACCCAAUGUGGGAAAAUCCCUCAUACGACUGGAACCUAGGCUGGGUCGCACUCGACAACGAAGUCGCAAAAUCCAAAGGCAUCCCAACAGCAAUGCACUGGCCUUGGGACGACUCCAAGAGUAUCUACGUCUUGCAUGGCUUUCAUUCAAUUCACUGCGUCUUCGUCCUCCGCGACUCACUCAUGCAAUUCCGCGACGGCAAGCAGCAGACCUGGCCCUUCCCUCACGUCACACAUUGUCUUCACGUUUUGCGAGAAGAUACAACAUGUAAUGCCGAUGAUACACCGCGAUACACCGGUCGUUUACACGCGCAAGAGAACAGUACGAAAUUCUUUUCUGGAAUUGGACAGAUGAGGAAAUGUCGCGAUUGGAGUCAGUUACGGGAGUUUGCGAUUCAGAAUUCGGCGUGUUAUCGGAGACCGUUGGAUCACUUUGUGCCGUUGCUUGAGAGGUAUAAGAAUUGUCCGGAUGGGAGGAGGCCGUGGGAGGGGAUCCUAUUCGGAUAUCCAGUAUA